AGAUUCAGUGGAACCUUCAAGAGCAAGAGCUGCCGUCCGUUGCUCUGCUCUUCUAUAAACCUAAUCGCUCCCCUUCGGAGCAAAGCAAUUGAGAUAAGCCCCUCGCACUAAUUCGCCGUCUUCUUGCUCUCUUCCAGCUUCUCUCUAAAACCCUAGUCGCAUUUUACGAUUCUAAAAAGUAGAUGGCGUCAACAUUUGCUGGUAUGUCGUCUGUUGGCUCUUUGGCGGCGCCUGGUGCCCCGGAUAAGAAACUUGCAACUGCUUCAGGCAAACUGUCAUCUUUCAGUUCCAUAUCUUCAAGCUCAUUUGUUAGGAGACAAAGUAUUGCCCAGCGUAAAACACAUUCUCCAAGAAUAAAUGCCAUGGCGAAGGAAUUGCAUUUCAAUAAGGAUGGGUCAGCCGUUAAGAAGCUGCAAAAUGGUGUGAACAAGCUUGCAGAUCUUGUUGGGGUUACACUUGGUCCAAAGGGCCGGAAUGUCGUUCUGGAGAGUAAAUAUGGCUCUCCAAAGAUUGUUAAUGAUGGAGUGACUGUGGCCAGAGAGGUUGAGUUGGAAGAUCCAGUAGAGAACAUUGGUGCUAAAUUAGUCAGACAAGCGGCUGCUAAGACCAAUGACUUGGCUGGGGAUGGGACUACAACUUCUGUCGUUCUUGCACAAGGCCUAAUAGCCGAAGGUGUCAAGGUGGUAGCAGCUGGUGCAAACCCUGUUCUGAUUACCAGAGGCAUUGAAAAGACAGCAAAAGCUUUGGUUGAUGAGCUUAAGCUGAUUUCGAAAGAGGUAGAAGACAGCGAACUAGCAGAUGUUGCUGCAGUUAGUGCGGGGAACAACUAUGAAGUAGGAAAUAUGAUAGCUGAGGCCAUGAGUAAAGUGGGUAGGAAGGGUGUGGUGACCCUUGAAGAGGGAAAAAGUGCUGACAACAGUCUUUAUGUGGUUGAAGGCAUGCAAUUUGAUCGUGGAUAUAUCUCUCCUUAUUUUGUCACUGAUAGUGAGAAGAUGUCCGUUGAAUAUGAGAACUGCAAGUUACUACUGGUUGACAAGAAGAUUACUAAUGCAAGGGACCUGAUUAACGUUCUGGAAGAUGCCAUAAGAGGUGGAUACCCAAUUUUAGUAAUUGCUGAAGAUAUUGAACAAGAAGCUUUGGCAACACUUGUUGUCAACAGGCUUAGAGGGGCACUGAAGAUUGCAGCACUGAAAGCUCCCGGAUUUGGAGAAAGAAAGAGCCAGUACCUUGAUGACAUUGCAAUUCUGACUGGAGGGACUGUAAUCAGAGAAGAGGUAGGCCUAACCUUGGACAAAGCAGAGAAAGAAGUCUUGGGGCAUGCUGCCAAGGUUGUGCUUACCAAGGACACAACAACAAUUGUUGGUGAUGGCAGCACUCAGGAUGCUGUGAAUAAGCGUGUUGUCCAGAUAAGAAACCUUAUUGAGGCUGCAGACCAAGAUUAUGAGAAGGAAAAGCUUAAUGAAAGAAUUGCAAAACUGUCUGGGGGUGUUGCUGUUAUUCAGGUUGGAGCACAAACUGAGACAGAGCUGAAAGAAAAGAAAUUGAGAGUAGAGGAUGCUCUUAAUGCAACAAAGGCAGCUGUGGAGGAAGGUAUUGUGGUUGGUGGCGGAUGCACUUUACUGAGGCUUGCAUCUAAGGUCGAUGGCAUUAAGGAGAGCCUUGAUAAUGUUGAGGAAAAGGUUGGAGCAGAUAUAGUUAAAAGAGCUUUGAGUUACCCUCUGAAGCUAAUUGCUAAGAAUGCUGGUGUUAAUGGAAGUGUUGUCAGUGAGAAGAUUCUUUCGUCUGAUGACCCAAGAUUUGGGUACAAUGCUGCAACUGGAAAAUACGAGGAUUUAAUGGCUGCUGGAAUAAUUGAUCCAACCAAGGUUGUAAGAUGUUGUCUGGAGCACGCGGCCUCUGUGGCGAAAACCUUCUUGAUGUCAGAUUGUGUGGUGGUUGAGAUCAAAGAGCCCGAACCGGUUGUUGCUGGAAACCCCAUGGACAAUUCAGGAUAUCCACUAUGAAGGGCUUGAAGAUGAUGCAACUGCAAUUUCAUAGUAAACAAAAAUGUAGUGGAUGAGGUUUUUUUAAUGUUCUGUAAAUUCCAUUGUUGAUGCUGGUAGGAAGCAGCCCGGCUUGUAGGAACUUGCAAUUGGAUGUACCUUGUGUAAUGACAAUGGAAGUUGAGUGCAACGGUGAAUUUUCCUACUUUUUGUAUUAAAAAGAUUUGGUGGGUAAUCAAUUUUUGGCCACACGUAAA